AUGGAUUUAACGGGAAAAAACGUUGGCCUGCUGAGGAGAAUCCAGAAUAAAGUGAAAGAUGAAAACCCUGACCAGAAUGUGAUUUUCCUCCACUGCAUCAUCCACCAGGAAUCUCUAUGUAAAUCGGUGUUACAGCUGAUACAUGUUGUGAAUCCUGUGGUGAAACUCGUCAACUUCAUACGCGCACGGGGACUUCAGCACCGUCAGUUCAUUGCGUUCCUGGAGGCAACUGAUGCGGAUCACCAGGACCUGCUUUAUCACUCCUGUGUCCGCUGGUUGAGUUUGGGCGAAGUGUUUCAACGAGUGUGGGAGCUCAAAGAGGAGAUUGGCGUGUUUUUGGAGCAGCAGGGGAAGACUGAUGAAUUUCCUGAGCUGAGCAACAAGAGCUGGAUGUGUGACUUUGCGUUUGCUACGGACGUAUUUUCACACUUGAAUGAGCUCAAUGUGAAACUGCAGGGGAAGGAGCAGUUUGUGCAUGACAUGCACACAAACGUGAAAGCCUUCAAAUCCAAGCUGGCUUUAUUCUCCAGGCAGAUUUUGAACAAGUCAUUCACUCAUUUCCUACACUAG